ACUUAACCCAACUUAAAGUUUGUAUGACAAUAAUUUAAAGCAAAAGUUAGGGUUAACAUAAAUAUGAAAAGAAAUCAAAAACAUUAAUUCAUUAUCUCUGUUCCCCUGAGGUUGCAUUUUGGAAAUCAAAUCACAUGAGAGAACUGUUAAAGCAUGCUGGGAAUAACAUGCUUUGCACUUGUGCUGUGUUGCACUUGUAUAAUUUAGGUCUUUAUUCUUGAAAUCUUUCCUCUUUUCUUGAUAUUUUACUACUUUAGAUGGGUCAGCCUAUCAUCAACAGACGCUGUGAAGUGACUGCGCACGUGGGAAUUACCCUCCUUCUUAGGAUUGAAGCACGAGAUUAAUUAUCUGGGAAUCUGUUUGACUCUUACCUCUUAAGUCUUUAUUUCAGCUCGUGCAGUUGUCGGAAGCAUAGAUUAACCGUUCCUCUUCCAUGCUGUUCUACAGGUCUUUGGAUUUUUCAACAAAAAUGGGACUUUCUUCUUUGCUCUAUAUUACGCUAACACUACCGCUCGCAUCACUUGGAAGCUUUAUUCAAACUGCAAAUUUACCGGACAAAUCUGACAAUAGCCAAAAGUAUGGAAUCCCAGGCGGAUACAUCAAUGACCCAUUCAUCUUGGCCAGUAAAGAUAUCUUACAUUCAGAGAGCAUAGGCGACUCUUUGGAGGGCAGUGGACUUACUGGAGAUGGUACAGCAUUGAAGCUCAUCAGUCAUAUCAAUCCAGAGGAGCAUAAUCAAGUCGGCAAUGAAAACCCUUCUGGACCAGAAAUCACAUUAACUAAAACACAGGAUCUCACUCUACUCCACUCAGAGGCUGGUGACCCAGGAGAGGACAAGGCUAAUACUCAUUCCAGUGUGCACAUUAUCUCAGAGGGAGCUCUCAUAGAAGACAGCCUCUCUGCAGCUGAAGAACAGUUAGAAAAGAUACAAUCAUCCAAAGUUGAUGAAGACCUUCUGGAUCCUUGGAAAAGCCCGAAACUUCCAGUUCAAAACAACAAAUUUACGGCCCUAACCAAGCAGGACUUGUCAGGACCUGGGGUAUCAUGUGUUCACGGUCCUUGUGUUGUUUUUACAAACUUUAAUGGCACCAAUCUGCUUUGGGAGGAUAUGAGGCGCACACUGGCAUUUGCCUGGGAGCUGCAUGUCUUUGGAUCAGCAAGUCUUUUCAUAUUGAUAGCAGUAUUGGCGAUUAUAGGAACAGCUGGCGCAUGCACUCGUCCUCGUCCCUUCUGUGAUGCCCUGAUCCAGGCGAAUAUGCUUCUGAUCCUGAGUGGUACUCUGCGGGGUGUCCUCCUUCUACUAGAUCCUUACGGCACCCGUCAGGUCCUGUCUCGAGCGACUCUGGCAGCACUGCAUAAUGUUCCCCUUCAGCUCCUCCUGUGGGCACAGGUUAUUCUAGCUCUGGUCGCACUCAGAGGGUUGAAUCUGAUGCUUUUCCCUCUGAAGCUGCAGCGCCCGUGGGUGGUUGGAGUGCUGGCUAUAUCAAUAUGUACUUCAUUACUUGUGGCAGACCUUUUCUCUCAAACUUUGUCCCCUGCUCUCCCUCUUUUGCUACAGACACUUUCCCUCUGCUGGGGCCUCCCAUUUUGCAUUGUAAUCCUCAUUAAGUCAUUUUCUCAUUUACAUCCCUUUCUCAGGUCCUCUGUCCCUCAGUGGGUUCCUUCACAGAGGAUUGAAAGGCGAGCAAAGCGAGUUGCAGCAGUUUCCGCCUUCCUGGGGGUUCUAUGCUGCAGCCUUCAGAUGCAUAGUCUCUUUUGGCUUUAUGGACUACUGGGGAACUGGAGACGCUUUGGCUGGGGCUGGUGGCUUAGUCAGUUUUCUGCCAGAAUUCUUGAGGUAUCCUGGGGGUUUUCUUUGCUUGUUCUUGGAUCCUGGACCUUCUGGACGCCCUCUAUGGUUCAAUCAAGGGGUGAUCCUGGGCAGAGUAGAAGUGAGACAUCUAAAAAUCUUGAUGGAAAAAGCUUGUGGGGUUCUCUCUUGGCCCGCAUACAGAAAGGUUCAUUAACAAAAUCUGAGAAAACAUGGGAAGACCUCAUGCCAAGCAACUGGGCAAUGUAUAACCUUACAAGAACAGGAUUUAACAAUAGCGCAAUGUGUCCGUAUGAUGAUCAACCAUCAACCAUUACACCAGAAUACAAAACGGAUCCUCGUUGCAACAACAGCUCCUCUGACUCUCAGGCUGCAAUAUUAUGGCAAAAAAAAGUUAGUGAGCGCGAUUGCAUUCUUUCACUCAUAGAAUUUGACAUAGGUCCUCCAUCUCCUAUCAACCUUAGACACAACGUUAACAAUGCCGUCCAUCACGAACAGCUAGUGGCAGGAGGCCUUUUUAUAGCUCCUAUCUCCUCUUGGACCGUUGGUAGAGGCAUCCCUGGCAGAGAUGGUGGCGCAACAACUUUCCCCACAGGUGAUGUUAGAUACUGUUGGACAAUGGACAUGGAGUCUGAAGAGCCCCUACAGUCACCCUGUGCUGUUUAUUGUGAUGGUGAUGUUUGGUCUCAAGCCACUGCAUAUUGGACGGAAGAAUCUAAUUCAGCAGGGAUGUAUCCACAAGACUGGUCUGAUGAUGAUGUUACUGACCUCUGAGCUGUCUACUUAGGGGAUCCUUCUCUAUCAUCUACCCUUCAUGAAAUUGCUAUUAUUCAGAUGGCGAUUAUUUGGUAAGCUGAAUGCAGUUUAAAUAUUGUGCUACUAGGCUCGAGGUAACAGAAACUCUGACAAAUUAAAACACUUCCAACGAUUACUCAAGUGAAAACUGAAGGGACAUUCAGCCAUAUCUCAUUGCAAAAAAAACAAACAUAUUUGAUAACUCCUACCUUUUAGACCACGGCUGAUUGUAUACCAUUCAAGCCCCUUUAGAUGAUAGCACUGUUUUACAAAGUUCCGCUUUGGAAUAUGAAAGUUUAAAAAUGAAUUCUGAAACAUCAGCUCACUGGACACAUUUUUUUUAAGCCUGGAAGUAAAAGACCCUGGAACUUUCCUAUUGUAUCAUGUUAUAUUAUCAAGCUGCAAUUUUGCAAUUUAAGCCAAUUGCAGGCAAUUGGUGGUAGCCAAUAGGGUAUAAAAUACAUCAGUAUGCUUUUAAAUAUGGUCCCAUUAGAUUGUCACUCUCUACUGUCUUUUCAGUUGUUUAUCAAUUUGGAGGCUGAGAAAUGAUAAGAACUAGUAAGAUUGUCUAUGUCAAUUAGAAACCAAUAAGCAUCCAACAACAAUAUUUGAUACCAGAGCCCUGGAUUUAUACUCAAACCUUUUAAUGAUAUUUGUAAUACUGUGUCUGUUUUGUAAAAGAUAACGGUGAGGCCAUUGCUCUGACAGUUUCAAGAACCGUUCUGUCACACCUUGUCAUGACUCUUUGACUUUAAAAGGGUCUUCUGAGUAAUUUCAGGUUUUCUAUGAAUGAAUUCCGAUCAUAACAAGUGGAGUAUUACACAUUUUAUCAAACAGUAAGCUUGGAAAUCAUUUCAUCUCAGUCUACACCUCUCCUCAUGACUUUAUUACGUUAAUGCUGUACCUUCACUGGCAUUUGUUCAGGUCACCUUUGACAAUGUGUGAUGCUGCUUUGUACCUCUGUAUAAAAUUGACAUGAUUGGAUCUUGUCAUUUUAUUGUUUGUAAAUAAAAAUAAUAAAAAAGUUUGAGAGCAGAAUUGUUUUAUUUUAACAAUCAGUGGGAAUCAUUUAUUACUUUUUGUGUAGCAAAGUUUGCAGAGAACUCCAAAGAUUUAAUUCCCCACCUUUAUACCAACAUUACUAAUAAAUCAGUAGAAAUCUAUUUGACCAAUGUGUUUUUUCUUCUUCAGUAAUUUGUAAUAUUAAUUAUUAUUAUGACAAAUGAUGAAUUAU